AUGUCCAGCUCGGCCACCUUGAUUGAGGUUCCUGUCGACGGCAAGCCAGUCAUGGCGCUUCUUCUCUCGCACGAAUUGGGCCAACGAAUGUUUAAAUCUGUGGAGCUACAACUCGAAUUUGGAGCACUCGAAGAUCGGUCUAAAGAGGAGAUCCCAGCGAUUGAUCACAAAAUAUUUCACCUCCAACAGAUAGUCGAUUCCACAAAGUCGGGUCUAGCAAGUGUCGAACGCAUCCAACUUGGCUUAGUGAAGCAGCAAGACCCUAAAGUUGUCGCAAUGCAAUCAAAGGCACGAGAGGAACUACUCAAGGAUGAGGAGGAGCUAUCGCUGCUCCAAGAGGAAAAGGCAGAGCUAGAGCGCAAGGUUCACGACGCGAACGAGGAAUGGUAUAAAUUGGCGUGGAAUGUAUGUGUUCACCACCAUAUUGCUUUCAUCAAAGCAGGAUUCAAAGGAGAAGAUGGGGACAGCGAAGAUGGAGAAACAUCGAGCGCGGAGUCUGAACCAGGUGAAGAAGCCAGUGGCGCAAAGGAGUCGGAAAGGAAAUCUAGUCCAACGGCAGCGAAAGAUGCACUGCAGCCGGUGGCUGGAAACGAGAUGGCUAUGGUGCUGUACACCGGUAACAAAGCAAAGCAGGAUACCACAACCCGGAAUGCGGACGUUCCCCAAAGCAAGCCCCCUGAUCUCACCAUGACUCGAUUCACAGCAGAGGAUGAGAUAAGACUCAAACUCCUCGCAGCAAAGAAGGCUUUUAGCGAAGCUGACCACGCACACGAUAAACACCGAAAAUGCUACGAACUUACAUUCCUUAGAUACUGCGCACAGUACCCGACCAAACCCGAGGCUGAACUUGCCGCUCAAUUUCCCCGCUUCUUCAUCAAAAAGGGACAAGAGCUCAUAAACGCAUUACGUGUUGCGGAGAAAGCAUACCAUGAGGCAGAGAAACGCGCCAUGGAUGUGAACGUUUUCACCAUUCCGGACGAACUUAUCGAAGCAAACGUUAACCCAUAUUUGGAUAUCGAUGAUCUGGAGGCGAUGAUGAAGCCAUGGAAUGAUAAAGACCGGGCGCGCAUUUACAAUUGGCGGCAUGUCGAGGCGGGUGUUCUUACUCCGCCGUCUAUUCAUACGAUAGAUACGUUCUAUGAUGCGAGCUCCAGUGACGAUGAAAGCAGCAAUGACAGCGUUGUAAGCGCGCAAGACGUUGGAGUCCAGAGAAUAGAAGCCGCUCAACCGUCAGCACCAUCCGCGAACAACAACGUCGACACCAACGUAGCAACACCAGCGCAAGAUGAACCCGGGCCUCGUUCUGAGGAGGAUGAUAUCCCAGAGGGAGUAGUCGUAUUGAGCAAGCCCAAUGCAAGUCAGAACUCCUACUCGUCUACCGAAUUAGCGUCUACGAUAGAUGGCGCAGCUCCAGCUUCUUCCUCUGGGGUGGAAAAGCUCAUGCCUCUGUCCAAUUUCCAGAUACCCGAUACCGUUGAGGGCCUGCAAGCGGCUCUUAGCAACGUCGAUGAAAACAUACACAGUACUGAAGACAAGGAGCGCGAACAAGCCCGCUUAGUAGAUGAUGAUCUACGAUUGCUGGGCGCGAAACGUCUUGCCAUACGCAUACUCUUGUUGUCGAAGAGAGACCAGCAGUUUCGAGAGGCUAUACAGGAACUACCGAAUGCGGUCUUGGAGAAACUGCCACGCGAGCUCCGAGAUAUGAUCUACACUGAGCUGUACCGCGGAAGUCAGGACGAACCGUACGAGAUUGUCGACAACAACUCUAAGCACCCAUACGACCCCUUGUACGAGUUUGCGCCUAUGGUCGGAGCAUAUGAGCCGCCAUAUUGGAUGCUGGAACGUGAGGUCGGCCCUGAGUUCGCGCGCGAAGCUGUGGAGAUUUGGUACAAGUGCGCAGAUCUUUUGGUCGACAUAAAGCUCCUACAACCACUAUUGCAAGACGACGAUGGCGUCUUGUAUGACAGCUGGUCGCCUUCGGUCCGGACAUGCGGUUUCCUUAGGAAGCUGGACGUCGCCAUCGGCCCCGCGUCAUCACCGUUACACACAGGAGAAAGUAGGCCAUCAAGUCGAGCAGUACACAUCCGACAGAUAUGUCGGUCACUCUCUACCUUGUUGGAAGAAUCAAGUGUUGCACGGAAGGAGGGGUUCAGGCUGCACAUUGCCUUUCAAUGGGAUAUGUCCGACGAUUGGUCCGACUACCUGAAGGCAGCCUGCCCAGUGGUUUAUCGUUUGAAGACUCAAGGCUUCGUGGUUUCAGGUCGCCAAAAUUAUGGAGAGUAUAUUCGACACAAGUGCUACGAAGCCGGCUGUUCGUGCGAGUGCUGGCGACUUGGAGACAUUGAGUGGUACAGUAGCGGUAUCGAUGAUUGGUUCGACUGCUCGGAGGAGGAGUGUAUGGAGAGGAUAGAAGAGGAGAGAAAAAGACACUGUAAUGAGUAA